UAUAUCAUGUGUAUUUCACAAAGAAAAGAUGGUCAAUAUGUGAGAACACGGCACAAUUCUGUUUCUCACGUCUUCAGUAAAACAACUGAUAAUCAGCCACCCGGCUUUCUGAGGGAAACAAAUCGAGCGCAUCCAAAGGAUCCUGCUUUACAUUAGAUUGACCUAUCACAGAGUACUCUUUUUUUCUCCGACCAAUCAUAAGGCUGCUCUUUGGUUCAGUAUUAAAUAUUCAUAAUAUUUCGCGCGCUUUGUAUACCAUGUGACGAUUUCGCGGGAAAAGUAAGUGGUAAAAAAUACAUUUGCGUAGCAGCAGUAGAGACAAGCAAGCACGAAAUAAUGGCGGAUUCAUCUGAGUCAUAUCAUAUGGCAACCAGCCCCGGCAGAGGCUCCAGGCGGGGGGAACUGACCUCCAGCCCCGGAAGAGACUUGCCCCCCUUUGAGGAUGAGUCUGAGGGGCUCCUGGGUGAAGGAACUCUGCCUGGGGAAGAGGAGGAGGAGGGAGACGGGGAGGAACUGAUUGGAGAUGCAAUGGAGAGAGAUUACCGAGCCAUUCCUGAGCUGGACAGGUAUGAGGUGGAGGGUCUGGAUCUUGAUGAGGAGCUGUCGGAGCUGUCUCCUGGAGCCAGGGCUGCUGCUGAGGACGCCAUGAGGAGGAGAGACAGGGAGCAGGGAGGCAGGCUGAGGAGAGGACUGCUGUAUGACAGUGAGGAUGAGGAUGAAGAGCGCCCAGCCCGGAGGCGUCGCCUGGCGGAGCGGGCUGCAGAUGGCACCGGGGCGGACGACGAGGAAAUGAUCGAGAGCAUCGAGAACCUAGAGGACAUGAAGGGCCACUCUGUCAGGGAGUGGGUGGUCAUGGCCGCGCCACGUCUGGAGAUCUACCACCGCUUCAAGAACUUCCUGCGCACCCACGUAGAUGAGAACGGGCACAACGUCUUCAAGGAGAAGAUCAGCGACAUGUGCAAAGAGAACAAGGAGAGUCUGGUGGUGAACUACGAGGACCUAGCAGCCAGGGAGCAUGUCCUGGCCUACUUCCUGCCGGAGGCGCCUACUGAGAUGCUGAAGAUAUUUGACGAGGCAGCCAAGGAAGUAGUCCUGGCCAUGUACCCCAAAUACGACCGCAUCGCUCACGAGAUCCACGUCAGGAUCUGCAACCUGCCCCUCGUCGAGGAGCUGAGAUCCCUCAGACAACUCCACCUGAACCAGUUGAUCCGUACCAGUGGAGUGGUGACCUGCUGUACAGGUGUUCUGCCUCAGCUGGGCAUGGUCAAGUACAACUGUAACAAGUGUAAUUUCAUCCUGGGACCCUUCUUCCAGUCCCAGAACCAGGAAGUGAAGCCAGGGUCCUGCCCUGAGUGCCAGUCUUUCGGCCCCUUCGACAUUAAUAUGGAGUUGACUGUGUACCAGAACUACCAGCGAAUCACCAUCCAGGAGAGCCCCGGGAAGAUCGCCGCUGGCCGCCUCCCACGCUCCAAAGAUGCCAUCCUGUUGGCUGACCUGGUGGACCAAUGCAAACCUGGAGACGAAAUAGAACUGACGGGCAUCUACAACAACAACUAUGACGGCUCUCUGAACAUGGCCAACGGCUUCCCGGUGUUCGCUACGGUCAUCAUGGCCAAUCAUAUCGCUCGGAGAGACAACAAAGUGGCUGUGGCUGAGCUCACUGACGAGGACAUCAAGGCCAUCGUGGCUUUGUCCAAGGACGAGCGCAUCGGCGAGAGGGUCUUUGCCAGUAUUGGCCCCUCCAUCUACGGCCAUGAAGACAUCAAGAGAGGCUUGGCUCUGGCUCUGUUUGGUGGAGAGCCCAAGAAUCCAGGUGGGAAGCACAAGGUACGAGGUGACCUCAACGUGCUUCUGUGCGGUGACCCCGGUACGGCCAAGUCCCAGUUCUUGAAGUACGUUGAGAAGGUGGCCAGCAGAGCGGUGUUCACCACCGGCCAGGGAGCCUCCGCUGUGGGCCUGACCGCCUACGUACAGAGACACCCGGUCACCAGAGAGUGGACCCUGGAGGCUGGAGCCCUGGUGUUAGCGGACAGAGGGGUCUGUCUCAUCGACGAGUUUGACAAGAUGAACGAUGCAGACAGGACCAGUAUCCACGAGGCCAUGGAACAACAGAGCAUCUCCAUCUCCAAGGCUGGCAUCGUCACCUCGCUCCAGGCACGCUGUACCAUCAUCGCUGCCGCCAACCCUAUCGGUGGUCGCUACGACCCGUCUCUCACCUUCUCUGAGAACGUGGAUCUGACUGAGCCUAUCGUGUCUCGUUUUGACGUCCUGUGUGUAGUCAGAGAUACUGUGGACCCGGUGCAGGAUGAGAUGCUGGCUCGUUUCGUGGUGGGCAGCCACAUCAAGCAUCACCCCAGCAACAAGGAGGGUGGCAUGGCUGGCUUGGAGGAGGUGGUUCUGCCCAACACAACAGACGUACCUCCUAUCCCCCAGGAGCUGCUGAGGAAAUACAUCAUGUACUCCAAGGAAAGAGUCCGGCCCAAACUCAACCAGAUGGACCAGGAUAAGGUGGCUCACAUCUACAGCGACCUGCGCAAAGAGUCCAUGGCGACAGGCAGCAUCCCCAUCACGGUGCGUCACAUCGAGUCUAUGAUCCGCAUGGCGGAGGCCCACGCCAGGAUGCACCUCCGAGACUACGUAGUGGAGGAUGACGUCAACAUGGCCAUCCGAGUCAUGCUGGAGAGCUUCAUCGACACUCAGAAGUUCAGCGUGAUGAGGAGCAUGAGGAAGACGUUUGCCCGUUACCUGGCGUUCAGAAAAGACAACAAUGAGUUGCUGCUGUUCAUCCUGAAGCAGCUGGUGUCGGAGCAGGUGGCGUAUCAGAGGAACCGGUACGGAGCACAGCAGGACACCAUCGAGAUCCCAGAGAAAGACCUGGUGGACAAGGCCAGACAGAUCAGCAUCCACAACCUGUCAGCGUUCUAUGACAGCGACGCGUUCCGAUCCAACAAGUUCUCUCACGACAUGAAGAACAAGUUGAUCCUGCAGCAGUUCUAAAUCUGUCCAUCUGCUGUUGCCUGGGGGGGGGGACUACCUACUGUGUUCUAAAUGCACCCUAUUCCCUAUGUAGUGCACUAGUUUUGGACCAGGGCCCAUAGGGUAGUGCACUAGUUUUGGACCAGGGCCCAUAGGGUAGUGCACUAGUUUUGGACCAGGGCCCAUAGGGUAGUGCACCACUUUUGGACCAGGGCCCAUAGGGUAGUGCACCACUUUUGGACCAGGGCCCAUAGGGUAGUGCACCACUUUUGGACCAGGGCCCAUAGGGUAGUGCACCACUUUUGGACCAGGGCCCAUAGGGUAGUGCACUACUUUUGGACCAGGGCCCAUAGGGUAGUGCACUACUUUUGGACCAGGGCCCAUAGGGUAGUGCACUAGUUUUGGACCAGGGCCCAUAGGGUAGUGCACUAGUUUUGGACCAGGGCCCAUAGGGUAGUGCACUAGUUUUGGACCAGGGCCCAUAGGGUAGUGCACUAGUUUUGGACCAGGGCCCAUAGGGUAGUGCACUAGUUUUGGACCAGGGCCCAUAGGGUAGUGCACUAGUUUUGGACCAGGGCCCAUAGGGUAGUGCACUAGUUUUGGACCAGGGCCCAUAGGGUAGUGCACUAGUUUUGGACCAGGGCCCAUAGGGUAGUGCACUAGUUUUGGACCAGGGCCCAUAGGGUAGUGCACUAGUUUUGGACCAGGGCCCAUAGGGUGCCAUUUGGGACACUAUCUCAGUCUGGAUGUGUAAAUAAUUGUAAAUGUUUGUCACCCUGUUGGAAGAAGGAAGCGUUCUAAUAUGUCGUAAAUGGUCCAAUUUCUUAUCAAUGUUACAAUUAGUCUGGAUUCAUGGUCUGGAUUCAUGUAUGACUUGUGUGAAUGUAACAUGUAUAUUUCUUCAUUACGAACUUUUCAACUUUCUCAUCUUGGAACACAGCUUGUGUGUUUAUGAAUUGUUAGUCUUUUUGUAAUGUUAUGGUUUAGCUGUAUUAAUGUUUUUGGAAGAUUAACUACAAUAGUUGUGGGUUAAUUUCAGUCGACCCAGAACUAAAGUAUUGCAUCAUUUUUGACUGCACCAUUUACACUUAGCAAAAAAAAUAAACGCAACAUGUAAAGUGUUAGUUUCAUUAUCUGAAAUAAAAAAAUCCCUUAAAUUGUA